AUGUCGGUCUCGUCGGUAUGUCGAAAUUUGCUGUGCUGCACCUCGGAUCGGGUAAGAUUUUAGAAAAGUUUUAGCCCUUUUUAGUGCAUUUUUCCACUUCAAAGGCUUUCGUGUCGGGACCUGGGACAAAAUUUUUGAAAUUGAUUGAAUCUUGAUUAAACUUGGGGAGAUUUUAGCUUUUAAAUUUUUAAAUGAUAUGCCAGAGAUUUAGCUCGCGCUUUGCAGAACCACGGAUCUUUUUUUUGGGGUCAAAAAAUUCAAAAAAUUUUUUUCGAUUUUUUUCAAAUUUUUUGGAGUGAAAAACAUGGAUUUUUUGAAGAAAACAUUGAAUUUCUUCCAAACUAAAAUUUCCAGCCAGUUUCUGGCGAAAAAAUCGAAUUUUUAGUUUUUAUUGUUUUCGUGGUGGGACCUAAACCUAGUUUUUUAUUCUUAUAAAAAUGAAGGUUUUAAAGCACCGUAUUUUAUUUACUAUCCAAUAUUUUGAUAUUUUUUUAUUUCAUCUUGAAUUUUUGCCGUUUUCAGGUUUUCGCGGUGGGACCAAAAAAAAUUUUUUUUUCAAAAAGAUUUAAAAAAUUAAAAAAAUCAAUUAAUUUUAUGCAUAGUGAAUAAAAAACCACUAAUUUUUUCGCCAAAAAGCCGUCCAUUUUUCCAGUGGAAGCCCAAGUUCAAGAUGGAGUUGAAACUGGUUCGCCCCAAUAAAUUCGACGAAUUCAUGAGUGUUGAUGUCCAGUUGAAUGUCGGAGAACCACUUCAAGAUAUUUUGCAUCGCAUCUUGUUCAAUUACCAUCUGUUUUCCAAGUUCGACGCGAAUUCCGCGGCCUUUGCUCAUCAGCCGCAGCUAAAUUAUCAGAUCGACCGGAACAGCUGCGUGGAUGUCAACUUCAAAAAGGUUACGGUGGCUGUAAACGAGAUGGAAAAGACGUUAAAGGUGGGUAAAAUACGAACUCUUGACUCUUGGGAUAUUUUGAGAUGGAAAAGAAGAGUUUUUGAAAUUUUCAAGUUUUCGUGUCGGGACCAAAAAAGCUUUAAAAACUGUUGAAGGACAAGGUGGUUAAGAUGAAGGAAAUAUUUUUUUGAUAACAUUGGUCUAUCUUUUAGACAUUUUGACGGCAUUUCCGAACGUUUUCGAGAGUAAAAAUGUUUUCGUGUCGGGACCAAAAAAUUUUUUUUAUGUUUACAGAUUUUCAUGAAACUUGGCGGCAAAUUAGAAAUAGAAUUUUUUAACGUAUAUUUGACAUUUUUGACCCACAAUUUGCGGAAACUACCGAGAUUUUUAGGUCGAUUUUUUAUACCUUCCGGCUUUAAAAUCUCGGUUCUUUCUGCAAAGCGCGGGCUAAAAAUUUUUCACAGGCGUCAAAAAAGUCUACUCUAAAGUUGUUCCAAGAUUCAGCAAAAUCCAUGGCACUUUAUAAAAAAUUUUGGGUCUCGCCACGAAAACAUGUUUAGUUUCAAAAAUGGUCGGAAAUGCCUGUAAAAUGUCUAAAAGUUAGACUAAGGCUAUCAAAACAUUUCUUUUUGAUUUAUCUUCAAUUUUCAGUGCAUUAUCAGCUGCAAAGUCCAGUUGCCAGAUGGCGAAACCAUCUAUUCCAACGCCUUGUUACCCCAUCGCUCUUCGAUCGAUAUGGCCGUAAAUGACGUCAUCGACAGGAAUGGAGUCCCAACUGAGCUUUAUAAUCGAUAUUCGGCGUACAGAAUGCGGCAGGAUGGCUCAUUGAAGGAGCUGGAUGAGAACUGCAUGGUGCAUCACAAUGGACAUUACGUCAUUUUUAUGCAUAAUUGCCCUACUGUAAGUGUGGAGUUUAGGGGGAAAAAUUAAAAAGAGGGAAUUUUCUUGAUAUGCUUUUUUCACAUCUUUUUUUAUUUUUUUUUUUUAUUUUUUGCGGUUUUAAAAAAAUCCAAAAAAUCCGUCAUGAUGACGUAUUCAAAUACUCAAAAAUAUGAUCACCUAUUUUUUAAAAUAUGUUUAGUAAGGGCCUGUGGUAACCUUAAAAUUUUUUGUUUUGAAAAACCGAUUUUUUCGGAGAAAGUUCCAAAAAAUCCGUCAUGAUGACACGUUAAAGUGAUCAAAAUUAUAGUAAGUUUUUGUACAGAACAAGUUUAGUGCGGUCUUAAAUUACACUCAAAAAAAUUUCUGUUUCCAAAAAUCCAAAUUCACGGAAAAAUCCAAAAAAUCCGUCAUGAUGACAUCCAAAAUCUCUAAAAAAUCAUAGGAUUUCAUAUCGAAGUUUCAUUGGCAUCGAAAUUUCAAAGUCCUUCAUAGACUGAAAAAAAUGUUAAUAUUGAAAAUGGUCGUAUUUUACAAGAUGUGAGUAGUAGGAUGACGGAUUUUCUGGAAUGGCUUCAAAUAUUUUGUUUUCGGCACUUCCGAAAAAAUUCUAUAAGUUUGUUUCAGGCCUUAGUGACGUUACUUUUCAACGACCAGGAAAUCAAUCAAAAAGUCUUUUUGGACAAUUACCGCACCAUCAAUGACGCGGUGAAAUUUUUGGUCAACAGAUUGGAGAUUUAUUCGUAUAAUGUAACGAAUGUUAAAUGUAAUCAUAAGAAUGGAAAAGAGAAUAUACUCUAUUCGUUGGAGCACACAAUGGUGGAUCAAGGACGGUAUAGAGUUACGAUUAAGGAGGUAAGCUGUAUUAAACAUGCAAAAUUGGAAUUUUUUUAUGAAUUUUAUGCAUUAUUCAAGCUGAAAAGGUGUUUUUUACAUUUAAAAUUGCUUGAACACCCAUUUCUGGCGAUUUUGAGCAAUUUUUUCACAAUGCCAAGUUUUCGUGGUGGGACCCGAAAUUUUAAUUUUUUUUGAUUUUUCAAAAAUUUCUUUUUUUAACCCGCUUGUAAGCGUCAAAUAUCAUCUAAAAAUAAUGGUUUUCAACUUUCCCACAUUCAUUUUCCACUGUAUUUUACCAUUUCUUUCCAGUGCAUCAUCAAGAUCCAAGUGGAAGUUGGAGCCGCCGAUUCCUUUGUCCCAACAAAUUUGUUUGUACCGGCGGGAAUUUCUGUCGAUAAAAUGAGACACUCUCUUAAUUCUCAAGCCACUUUAGAAGAGGAUAUUAUGGUCUAUGACAAAGAAUAUGACACUUGGAUAUUAACCAUGAAGGAUGAGAAAGUCAAGGCGGAAAAUCGCUAUCGGUUGAUUGUCAAUGAAGAUUCUGUAAGUUUUUUGGGGUUUAUUGAGGCCUGCGGUGGAUUUUUUUGCAUUUUUUGGCUGUUUACCCAGGGGGAUUAGCUAAAUUUGCAAAGAAUCGAAAAUAAAAUCAAAUUUGAUAUAAAAAACGUUCAAAAAGGCUUUGGAAUCCUCAGAAAAAGAAUUUAGAACACCGGCAUCUAACCCAAAAUUCCCGUAGGGCAUUAAUAAAAAAUCCAAAAAUAUUGUCCGCAGUCGACAGGAUUCGAACCUGUGCGGGCAGAGCCCAAUUGAUUUCUAGUCAAUCUCCUUAACCACUCGGACACGACUGCACGGGCUCUCCGUUUGCUCUUUUCUUUCUUUCCUCUCUCGGAAUUUUUUUGGCGCGAAAAGAGGGGAAAUGCGAAGAAAAGACGGAGAAAUCGCGACUUUUGAAGGUCAAAAGUUGGAAAUAUUUGUAAUAAAAAGUUGUAAAACAUUGGUUAUAGUAACCUCCUUGACUUACAACAUAAUUUUUUUGUUUUUUUCGCUAUUUUUUGCCAAAAAACGUCUAAAAUCUCAAAUUUUCAGGUUUAAACCUCCAUAUCUCGGUUGUUUCUGUAUAACGACGUAAAAAUUUUUUGCAUAUAUCUUAGGGUGUCAUGAUCUUCAUCUUUGCCAAGUUUCAUCAAAAUCGGAACAAGCUCAAUUUUUUGAAAUUUUUUGAUUUUUUUCUGCAUAACGCUUUUUUUCAGAUUUAUCCCAACUCGAAUGUCAUCGCCAAGACUCCAGAAUCACCUGUCAAGCUUGAAAAGACACAAAACCCCGAUGAUUUUGAGGGAAUUUUGACCGAAACUUCGGAUUUGCGCGCUCAGACCACCUCCAAAAUGAAGUCGGAUACAAAUUUGGAGCAAUUUGCUGUCCUCAAAGACAAAAUGGACGGUUCGCCAACGCCCGACAGCUUUCAUGAGUGCCAUGAAAGAGAUGAAAGGAGAUUUGAGUGCUUCGAAGCCGGCGAUGGAGCCGAUAGAAUGGCCAAAGAGACGAUGGAAGAUGAACAAAGUCCUUAUUCUAGUGUCCGCAGUCUUUAUUAUUCCGUGGUUUGA